CUCGGUCCCGGCACUCAACUCCCUCCGUUUCGUGUGUGCUCCUUGGCAUCCUCGAUCAGCGCGGUCGGCGUUGAAACCGUGAAUUCCGUCUCUACAUACACUGCCGAAAUAAUCGUACGACACAAGGCCACAAGAAUCCCCUGAUGGUUCCGAGUCCAGGGGCAGUCUUCGCGACCUCUGGUCUUUGACCUGAAUUUGGCCCAGAUGCUUGCAAUCAAUGUCUUUUUUUGAUCUUCCAGCCUUCGUUGAUGAUGCAAAGGCGCUGAUCUUCGGGUUCAGACCAGUCUAUUGUCUUAGCGUGUUACCGGCGCCGUCAGCCUCGGUCAGAUCUGUUAUACGGGCCAAAGCAUGUGGACUCCCCUGAGAGCGCUCCUAUCGCGCUCUCUAAGCUGUGCUGGAGGCCGUUCCUAUAACUUCAGCUGUGCUGCCCUUCAUUUCGUCAUCUCUUGUACCCGUGAACAUGCAUGGGCUUACGACCACACUCUUUUUCGCCGCCGCGGCAUCCUUUGUUUACGCUGAUACCAAUGACUGGGUUAAUGUCAACUACGUCCUAAAGCAAGCAGGCUCGAGCGGCUCGAGCAACACUGCAGACUCUCAAAAGAGUAUCAUCAGCAGUGCCGGCAGCACCGCGAAGUCAGGCCCAUGGUCCGUCACCGAUAAGGGCAGCGUAAAGCCUCCCAGUGGCAAUCUGCGUGACUACCUGAGCUGGGCCCCUUAUCACUGGCCUGAUUGUAACUGGUGCACCAGUGGCACGAACCACUUGGCCAACCCUAGUAGAGGUGACGAUGGGGACGAUGGAAGUGACGAUGACGACAGCGACGACGACACUACUGGUACCGACCCAUACGAGGACGGUGGUGAUGACGACGGGGGCUCAGAGCUAUUCGUCCGCCUCGACCCUGGGUACUCAUUGUCGUUCCCUAAGCAGAAGCGAGCCGUCUUCGGGACCCACAAGCGCAUUCAGAAAUGGAAGGCGGCGCUCGCAGAAGGCCAGCCGCCGAUAUCCACCGGAAGUGACAAGGCUGCGAAGCCACAGAACCAGCCUAGAGUCAAUGCACGUCAAGAUGGUGUGGUCGAUGGGCUGCCCUCACCAACGAUCCCGGUGGGUGUGUCGGAGCCUGCUAUCCCCCCUACGCAGAGCUCUAGUUCUGUUGGUACUAUGAUGGGUACGCCUGCACCUGCUGAGGCACCAGCAAAGACGCAGUCAAAGAGGAGCUCUUGUACACCGUCGCCCACGAAGUCCCUGGCCCCUAGCGCAACCUGGACGACGUGCCCUUAUGUCGUUCGCGACGGCAAGGUCAAUCCUGACGUGCGAACACUGCCUGACUCCCCUGCGGCCGUGCACAUGACGGAGUCGGUGCUCUACAACAGUAUUGCGUACGUGCUCCAGAAAUCCAGCACGGCGUCGAAGAAUGCUGCGGAGUUCAUCGACACGUUCUUCAUUUCGUCCAAGACGGGCAUGACGCCAAACAUGAGCUAUGGCCAGCUCGUACGUGGCCCGGGUAAGGAUCACCAGAUAGGUACCUUCACGGGCGUCCUGGAUCUGCGCGGCCUCGUCAAGGUUGUCAAUGGUAUCCAACUGCUGAAGGCCGCGAACAGCCCAGACUGGACGUCGGCUCGGGAUCAGGCAAUGACGACCUGGACGAAGUCAUACAUUUCGUGGCUGGAGACGAGCGACCUUGGCAAGGAGGUUGCGUCGAAAGCGAACAAUCAUCUCACGUUCUAUGUCAACCAGCUAGCAGCGGCCAAGCUUUACGUGGGCGACACUCAGGGCGCGACCACGGCUGUGAAGAACUAUUUCAACAACCAGUUCAAGGACCAAGUCGCCGCCUCGGGUGAGCAGCCCUUCGAAGCUUCCCGCACGCGGCCAUUCCACUACCGGUGCUUCAACCUCGAAGCCAUGAUCACGAACGCGAAGAUCGGCGAUCAACUUGGUCAGAACUUCUGGACAGCCAAGUCGAAGUAUGGCGCGACGAUCCAGAAUGCGCUCGACUACGUCAUGGGUGUUGACCCGGGCUCGGAGGACAUCUCGGACAUCUUCCCACACGUCGCUGCCGUCGCUGCUGCAUACGGCGACCCGAAGGGCAAGUACGCGGCCUUCCUCCAGAAGCACGACAGCGACUACAAAAGCGAGCCCUUCUGGUUCUACGACCAGACAGCUGCCCUGCCCAAUUCGCCUGCAGCGUCCUCGAAGUCGAACAAGCGCAGCGACAUCAUGGCCAGAAGUGCAGCUGUGGCGGACGAGCCGUCGGACGUCGAGGCUCACGCUGCAGGCGCUGCAUUUGGCUCGUUCUCCCUUGCUAAGCCGAUACCCUUCUCAUGUCCUAGCAUCUUCAACAACGCUUCGACAGCAGAGCUGGACGACAAUGUCUAUGUCACCUGCGAGCAAGUACGCUCGUACUAUGAGAUCCUCCCGAGAGAUAUGAACACCACGCUGCUUGUUGGUUAGGGCCAUUGUAUUUAUCUCAUCCUUUUAUCUAUACCACUGUCAUUCGUUUGGACGUCGUGAGUAUCAUCUGGCACUAAAACAAC